AGGUCUGGCGCUGCGCAUAGCAGUCGUGCCAUUGGGAAAAGACAAUAUCAGCCGCGCGCUGAGGAGAGACAUAGCAGAGAUCCUCAGCCACAACAGCCGCUGAAGUGGUCGCCUGACAGAGAGGCGGAUAUUAUACACACACUCACACGAAGGAUAUCAGUGAGCAGGGACACAAGACAACAAGGAUCAGCUGAUUUCCUCAUGUUUGGACGCGUCUGGUCAACAAACGUUAAUGCGUAACGCUCAACACUCCCUCAAGUGAGGGUGUAGAAUGGAAACAACCCUCUACCCAGGCAGCGAGGUGAACACUCCGAGGGUUUCCAGCACCUUUUCCCACAACACGAUGAUGAAGAAGGAAGUCAAUCUGAACCUGGACGACCAGAACUCCGAGCUCAAAUCCAACCCGCUCCGAGACACCGACGGACUCCUCAACUCUCCAGACUUGGCACUCUUGAAACUAACCUCUCCGGACCUGGAGCGCCUGAUCAUCCAGUCCAACGGCCUGGUCACCGCCAACACCGCUAACACGAACCCUUCCUCCCAGUUCCUCUACCCGAAGUCCGCCAGCGACGAGCAAGAGUUCGCCGAGGGUUUCGUGAAAGCGCUGGAGGAUCUUCACAAGCAGAACCAGCUGAGCGAGGCGGGCUGCGUCUCCGUGGACAGACUGGAGCUGCUCGCUUCUUCUAACGCAGUCGGACCCGUCGGGCUCCAGACCUCAGACCUGCCCGUGUACACUACUUUGACCGGUUAUGCGGCGAGUCCGCUCGGAGCCACCACCAUCAACUACUCCACGGACACCAUCCCCUUCCCGCCGCCUCCGUCUCAUCUGGCCAGCGCUCAGCAGCAGGCGGCCGCUGCGGCUGCGCUGUCACGACUCCAGUCCGCCGGUGUGGUGAAGGACGAGCCGCAGACCGUACCGGACAUGCAGAGCUUCGGUGACAGUCCGCCACUGUCUCCCAUCGACAUGGACAACCAGGAGCGCAUCAAGGCGGAGAGGAAAAAGCUGCGGAACAGGAUAGCCGCGUCCAAAUGCCGCAAGAGAAAACUGGAGCGGAUCUCCAGACUGGAGGACAAGGUCAAGAACCUGAAAACACAGAAUACAGAGCUGGCCUCCACAGCCAGUGUCCUCAGAGAGCAGGUGGCCCAGCUGAAGCAGAAAGUGAUGAACCAUGUCAGCAGUGGGUGUCAGCUUUUACCAAACCAGGUCCAGGCUUAUUAAACCCCAGUUGUGGUGCUCUUCGCGGGCGCUAUAUGAACAUGUUUCGAGGACGUGUUUCAAGGAUCAUUUUGCCUUUUAUAACCUAAAAUCCUCUACAGAGACCCUAAUGUGAGGCCACUGAGAAUGUGUCCUGCACGUGUAAGGCUGUAAUUGGCAUUGCACUGUACUGAGGUGACCAGGACAAGAUGAGAGCUGCACGUCUGUCACCUGGAGAGUGACAGCUCCAUCAGCAGCAUGAACGUGGUGCAGCCUCCUCAGACUCGUGGAAGUCUGGCAGUGCUAUGCAGCAAACUUAAAUGUCUUCAUGUGUUGUGAAGUCAUGUAGCCAAAAAACAAACAAAAAGAAAACAACUGCUCUGACCUGGUGUAGGAUGGCAUAUAUCUGUGUGUAAGCUGGACAAUCUGAGCAGGAGAGAAACCAAACACCAGGGUGUCACCAAGUGCUGUCACCCACCGUGUAAUAUAAUGCCUUACUUGUUUACAAGCACUUAACAAUGACAAAAUAUAAAUAUUUUUUAUUUUCUAAAACAUUUCUUAUUUUAAAUAUGGUCUUAUUUGUAGUCGUUCCUCCUUUAUUUUGCAAAAAAGAAAUUUAAACUCUGCAUGUCUUGUUGCAUUUUGUGUACAGUUACCAUUGUAUUUUAUUUUUUUUAAUUAUGGUGGCUGCUGUGUAGUUCUUCGGUCACAAGACGACCAUGAAUGUAUGUGUACCUGUACUGAAUAACCAUGUGUAUCCAUAUGUAAUGGACAUUCAAGUCUCUAGCUGACAUUUAUUAAAUUCACUACAUUACUAAA